GCAACGACCUGGUAGUUAAGUUUGGCUUAUAAUUAUAGCAAAAAUUAAUUAGCGGCUUGACAGUCUGGGGCUAUUUUUAUAGACGAUAGAAAAAUUAUUGGCUAAGCACCAGACCUAGGCACUCAAAAUAUUUCCUAUGUUUAAUAAGCAAGUUUGUAAAGUAUUGCAACUAUUUGAAAGGACGAUGCAACAAAUUUAAUCGGCAGCCUUUAGUUUAUUUUAUUUCUAUUGGUUUCUCAGAUUUUAAUUAAACUGGAAAUUGAUGGGUGUCUACGGAGUUUUGUGGGUGUUUUGUUUUGUGUGGCUCUUUUGUCUCGGAUUCACCAAAGACAGAAUUAACGUCGGCCUAAUUACCGAUGAUAAUGAAGCACUAGGAGAUAUCAACUGGAAUAUGUUGAUAAACGAAAUUGGCAAUGAGGAUGAGGUUGAAAUUCAAAACAUCAACUUAUUGGAAAAUGAUUUUCUAAGAUCAAUGGAUUCCUUUUGCCAAACUGCUCUUGAUGAAAACGGACUAGCAGCAGUAUAUGGAAUUGAGGGUAGGGAUAUAUCGAGUACUUUGGAAGCCAUUGCAAGCCAUUUGGCUGUACCUUAUAUAAUAACUGGCUGGACACCAAGAGAAUUAAAGGCUUUCGACACCACAUUCAACAUAUUUCCUGAAGCAAGUUUAUUAUCUCAGGGCUAUGCAGCGUUAGUGGAAAGUUUGAACUGGGCUUGUUUUGCUAUUGUGUACGAAAAUGAAGAAAGCUUAAUUAGAUUGCAGGAUGUGAUGAAAAUUGAAAAGUAUAGUACUGAUAAUUCUAAAAACGCUAUAACUUUAAAACAACUUCCGGAAAAUGGCGACAUCAGACCAAUAUUGAAAGAAAUUAGACAAUCGGGAAUAAAUAGCAUAGUGCUAGAUUGUAGCACAGACAAAAUCCAUAAUGUUCUUUUGAACGCAAAGGAAGUUAAUCUAAUGGACGAUUUGAAUACAAACAUAUUCUUAACGUCACUGGACGCACAUAUUCUGGAUUACAACAUGUUCGAAAGCUCAGCCAACAUUACUACAGUGCGGCUAUUUAAUCCUGACCAAUUGGACGGAAAGGACAUUCUCAAGUAUUAUUCACAAAAUCACAUUUCCACUUUCACAGUGAAAACGGCUCUCAUGCUAGAUGCAAUGCUUUUGCUUGCGAAAUCAUUUCAAGCUAUUAAAUCAACACAUGCUGACGGGGAAAUUGUUUACGAGCCAUUAUUUUGUAACGCUUCUGAAAAAUACAACGAUAAAUAUGGCUUAGUGUCGGCGCUGCAGGAGACUGUUCUAAAUGGUGUUACCGGCGAAAUUAACCUAAGAAACGGGAAACGUGAGACAUUUGAUUUGGAAGUUUUGGAGCUAUACAAAACCCGUAAAACGAUAGCACUUUGGAGUUCAACUGAAGUGCAAAAAAUAGUCCUGACACAAAAUGCCACUGAACGGCAAGCUGAAUUGCAAAAACGUCUUCAGAGCCAUAAUUUUGUGGUAGCGUCCAGAGUGGGUGAACCAUACCUUUUUGAACGAAAAGAUACAGAAUUGCAAGGGAAUGCCAGAUAUUAUGGUUAUUCUAUGGAUUUGAUUAGCGAAAUUGCCAAGAUCAUGAACAUCACCUUCAAAUUACAAAUUACUAAAGAUAAUCUGCAUGGAAAUUUAGUAAAGGAUCUCAUGGAAAGGAGAGCAGACUUAGCCAUUUGUGAUUUCACAAUAACACCGCAACGAAGAGCAGACAUUGACUUUAGUAUGCCAUUCAUGUCUUUAGGAAUAGGAAUUCUUCAUAAAAUGGAAGGAGGAGAAGAAGAAGCAAAUUUGUAUGGUUUCCUAGGACCAUUGUCUACAGUAGUGUGGCUAUAUAUUGGGCUACUGUAUAUAUUCAUGUCAUUUAUAUUGGUUCUCAUAGCCAGAAUGUCCACGAAAGAUUGGGAAAAUCCUCAUCCAUGCGAUCAAAAUCCUGCGGAGCUGGAAAACAUCUGGAAUCUGAAGAAUUGCUGCUGGUUAACGUUGGGUUCUAUCACUACCCAAGGGUGUGAUAUAUUGCCUAAAGGAGGGUGCAGUCGAAUAGCUACAGCAAGUUGGUGGUUUUUCUCUCUUAUCAUAACAAGCUCUUACACAGCUAAUUUGGCAGCAUUUCUGACAAUGUCCAAGCAAGAUGACUCUAUUAACAAUAUUGAAGAACUAGCCGCACAAUCCAAAGUAAAAUAUGGUUGUUUGCCAAACGGGGCAACUGCUAGCUUUUUUCAAUAUUCCAACGACUCAUUAUACCAACGGAUAUGGAAUACCAUGAUUAAUGAAAAACCUUCUGUAUUUGAAGACACCAACUUAAAAGGAGUUGAAAGGGUUUUAUCGACUAAAAAUGCACUGUAUGCGUUUUUCAUGGAGUCAACCGGAAUUGAGUAUGAAAUGGAAAGAAAAUGUGAUCUAAAAAAAAUUGGCGACUUGCUCGAUUCCAAGUCCUACGGAAUCGGCAUGCCAAUGAAUGCUGAGUAUCGACACGAAGUAAAUGCCGCUGUUUUAAAUCUUCAGGAAACAGGAAAAUUAGUCGAACUGAAAGAAAAAUGGUGGAAGCAAGAGCGACCAGGAGAACCAUGUCCGAGCACCGUUCCGGUUAACACCGACGCUAUGGCACUAGAAAACGUUGGAGGAGUGUUUAUUGUCUUGGCAUCUGGAAUAGGAAUAGCAUUUGCUAUAGCUAUACUAGAAUUUUUAUGGAAUGUCUAUAGUAUCGCAGUCGAAGAACAUAUUUCGUACUUUGAAGCAUUGAAAAUUGAGUUGAAAUUUGCCUGCAAUAUAUUUGUGACACAUAAAAGAUCAAAACCAUUACUCUCAGGAUCUUCUUCUUCAAAUACCGUUAAUGUAGAAGACAGCAAAUCAAAUCAAUGUAUUCUGACUGGAGCGGGCACAUUUCUGAAUAUAAACACUACUAUUCUAAAUCGAAUUGGGUCAACUGCAAAUCUGAAUCAAACCGAAUCCAAUUCUGCUCAUAGUAGGAAGUCAGGAUCUAAAUCUAACAGUUAACUGAAAAUGUACAAAAUAAAUACGUAGUGGUUCUAUAUUUUAUUAUAGCUGCAUAUACAAUGUAUUUUGGCGAAUUAUGUUCCUUUAUGCCUUAAAUAUUUUUUUUUAGUUUGUAAUCAUUUGUGACACCUGUAAUAGAACAAAUAAAUUAAUGUUACAAGUUGCAAA